AUGGAAAGACUCAACCGUAAACCACACACUCUCAAACACACACCACAACAAUUGUUUACGGUUGAGUCUUUCCAUUACGAGAAAUUGAGAAAGGAGAAGGAAGAACAAGUAGCAUUGGAGCUAAAAAAGUUGAGAAAGGAAAAAAAAGAAAAGGAAAAGCUUGCACAAGAAAAUAAGGAAUUGCAAAGAAAACUUGAAAUGAUUGAAAGAGAAAAACUUUUUAAAUUGGAGCAAGAGAAUGAACUUUUAAAGAAGGCAACUCAAGAAGUAAAGCAAGAAGAAAAGAAGCAAGAUAAACAAGAAACGAAAUUGAAAAGAAAGGUUAAUGAUGAGGAAGUUUCCACACCAACAAAGAAAACUAAAACAGAUCCAACCAUUACAGUUGUGAAUAAUUAUUAUGCUAGUCCAUCAAGUAUUGAAACAAAAAAGCAAUCAAGCCCAAAGACUGUAGCUACUCAAGAGGGUUGCAAACACAAACGCAUUUACGAUCAAUUUAUUUACAUCUACUGUUCAAUGACAGGUCAGAAACCUAAAGAGUUUAUUGACAAUCCAAAACAGGUUCAAGAAUUUAUUACCUUUUUUGAAUUGAAAUUGAAACCGAAAACACUUGUAAAGAACUUCAAACCUGAUCCAAAUAUGACAACCUCUGACUAUCAGGAAAUUCUCUUCUACCUUCUCAACAGCAUGAAGGGUAAAGAAGGUGAAAAGAAACAAGAUGAAGUCAUAUCUGGUAUUUUAAAGGGCAAGUUGAAAAGCAAAUUUAACAAAGAGCUUGUGCCAUACCUCAUCGCUUUUGCCUAUAACAAUGUAGAAGGAAAAAAGCAAUUACAAGGAAAAAUGGAGGAUUUUUUGAAUGAUAAAACUAAAGUUGAUUCAUUCAUAAAGACAUACAAUCUCGAUUUAAAUCCAGAAACAAACAAACCAUACCUUAAAGCUGAAACUAUUUCCAAUAACAAAGCUAAGAUUAUGGACAUUGUAAAGAAUCCAAAAACUCUGAAAGAUUUGUUGAAUGAAGCAUGCAAGGAGGUGAUUCAAAGAUUCUUUGGCUCUCCAAAAACUAAAUAG